GAAUCUUCGCAUAAAAUGAACUGGUUAUGUAAAUGGCAAGUAAAAAAAAAAAUGCUUCGAGUUGCGGAAUAAUGCCGUAUAAUAUAGAACACCUAAAAUAAAUUGAAUUUUUGGAUCAAACGAUGACAUAUUUUAGCCGUAUGCUCUCGGAAAGUAUUCGGAACAUCUUUCCGAGCAAUGUGAACAAUGCUACGUGAAAUGAAGCCAAGGAAACAGCAAAAUGGGCCAAACUUACACGCAUGCCUACGCUAACUUAACUUCGAUAAAUUACUCGCAAUCUUACGACGUAAUAGACGUUGAUAAAGACGAGUGUGCCGUCGCAGAUGACCCUAAAUAUCCAAGUAGCUUAGGAAUAACUCUGGCCGUGCCAGAAUGGGAGGCUAUUUGUACAGCCAUAGUACUGACCCUUAUUAUCAUCUCAACAAUUGUUGGUAAUAUCUUAGUAAUAUUAAGUGUGUUCACGUAUAAACCUCUUAGAAUAGUCCAAAACUUCUUUAUAGUAUCACUUGCUGUAGCGGAUUUAACAGUUGCAAUUUUAGUCCUUCCACUCAAUGUAGCUUACUCGAUUCUCGGACAAUGGGUGUUCGGAAUAUAUAUGUGUAAAAUGUGGCUAACAUGCGAUAUUAUGUGUUGCACAUCGUCUAUACUAAACCUUUGUGCCAUAGCUCUUGACCGAUACUGGGCAAUAACUGACCCAAUAAAUUACGCACAAAAGAGAACACUGAAUCGAGUGCUUGUAAUGAUUGGAGUAGUGUGGAUCUUUUCACUUAUUAUUAGCUCUCCACCUCUUCUCGGAUGGAACGAUUGGCCAGAAGUAUUUGAGCCUGAUACGCCAUGCCGCUUAACUUCACAACCCGGGUUUGUAAUUUUUUCUUCAUCUGGAUCAUUUUAUAUACCAUUAGUUAUAAUGACCGUAGUUUACUUUGAAAUAUAUUUAGCAACUAAGAAAAGAUUGAGAGAUCGAGCUAAAGCUACAAAAAUUAGCACUAUAUCUAGUGGUCAAAAUAGAUUUGCUUCCAAGGAAUCAGAUAAUAAUGACCAAGAUUCAGUAAGCUCGGAGGCGAACCAUAACGAACACCAAGGAGUCACGCGUCUUGUAUCAGACAAUGAAAAAAAAAAGAAACCAAAAAAAGCAACCCCAAAAAAGAAACAAAGGAAACGAUAUUGGAGUAAAGAUGAUAAAUCACAAAAUAAGUUAAUUAUACCCAUUCUAUCAAAUGACAACUCUGUCACGGAUAUGGUGGAUAACACUGAAAAUCGAAAUACGUCUUCAGAAAGUAACUCUAAAGAAACACAUGAAGAUGAUGUCGAGGUUAUUGAAACUACUGUAGCAAAGGUUCCAAAAAGAUCAAGACCAAAUCAACAGAAUACUGUUUACCAAUUUAUAGAAGAGAAACAGCGUAUUUCACUUACAAGGGAACGUCGAGCAGCUCGUACAUUAGGAAUUAUAAUGGGAGUAUUUGUCGUAUGUUGGUUACCUUUCUUUGUCUUGUAUCUUGUUAUACCAUUUUGUGCAAGCUGCUGUUUAUCUAAUAAAUUCAUCAACUUUGUGACAUGGCUUGGUUACAUAAAUUCAGCAUUAAAUCCUCUCAUAUACACAAUAUUCAAUAUGGACUUUAGAAGAGCCUUUAAAAAACUUCUCUGUUUCAAGCCUUAAGGAUUCAAAUUCUUAAUGAGCGAUCGUGCCAAACUGUUUGUGUGUUAGAUGUAGAUUUAAGCUUUUACUCAUUAA